ACGGUGCAUGAGGAUGAAGAACGUCGUUCUCUUCGUCUCGCUCGUGGUGGCGAUAAGUCUCUUUCGAGAUGCCGAGAGCAAAAGAUUUACCUUGGAGGAGGUUAGAGAGACUCUGGAGCCGGUGAAGAAAAUCUGCAUCGAGAGGGUGGGCACCGAUCCGAAAAUGAUCGAGGAUGCGAACAAAGGUAAAUUUGUGCCCGACCGGAAGCUGCAAUGCUAUUAUAAGUGCUUGCUGGUGAUGACGAAAUCCAUGUCAAAGGACGACCAGAUCCAGGAGGAAAUGUUCGUAAAGAUCGUGGAACUUAUGUUGGACGAGAAGUUGGUGGAUCCAGUUAUGCAGGCAGUGAUACAUUGCGGGCCAGUCGCUAUGCAAACAAUGGAAGGAUGUCAACUGGCGUACGAAAUAACCAAGUGCCUCUACGAAUACGACCCAACGCUCAUGUUCUUCCCAUAAAACCAUCACUCUUCGUGGAUCCUUCUAUGGACGACUGGAAUGUUUUCUCGUUUUUCGUCAACGCAGAAAUAAUUAGCUUCUCUGGUCGAACGAAGCAACUUGAAGCGCCCGCCUAUAUUCAGAAUUGUACUUUGGAUCCGACAAAUUACG